UUACUCCUGUAAAGGGUAACACCGUGUUUGGUUUCGAACGGGAAUUCUGAAUUUCGAAUAUAAUAUAUUGUUUUUGAUCGAGCGAAAAAUAAAAUUACUGGCCAGUAUUUUGGAUUUGAUACGUUCGAUUCAAGAAUUUUCCAGCCAUUUUCCAGUUCGCAAUGCUGCCGAACAUAACAGUGUUCCUGCUCAUGCUGGCACUGGGUUCCGUGGCAGCGCAGACGUUCCAGUAUUCCAGGGGAUGGACGAAUGGAAAGCGGGACGGCCGUAAGAGCGACGUCGCCGGCAAUGUCGAGAAGAUCCUCAGUCCAUGCCAGUUGAACAAGCUCAAGUAUGUGCUCGAGGGAAAACCGCUCAAUGAACGGUUACUCAUCCCAUGUGACUACAUGGAGGAAGAUGAGACCCAGCCGAAGCGAUACAAAAACGAACGCAACCAAGACCCGCUUUACGAAAUAUUUCAGUAACCAUUAUUAGUUUUUUAAUCUUGUGCUAAACUAGGUAUAUGUCAGUAGGUAAUGACAAGGACCAUAUAUACCUAUGUAUCGAAAUACUUUAAGAAAUAUUUGAUCUCAAGAAAUCUUUUGAAUUACCUACCUAACUAGGUACCUACAAUGGGAAGAAAGAAAUUGUUCCAUUCAAAACAAACAAUAGUAGAAUAUAAAAAGUACUAUAUAAUCUUGAAUCGCUUCAAGAAUAUUCUUGAUUGAGUUGCUAUAUAAUUCUAUGACCAUCAGUUUGUCCGUCCGUCUGACCGGAUUUGUCAUCCGAGAAAAAAUCUGACCAAAGAAGCGGUCUAGAUACAGAUUCGCUGUUAUUUAUUUAAAAGAUAAAGCAUAUUUUAAGCUAAAGUAGGUAUGUUUUGGACCGAUCUGUCAAAGUCAAAAUAUUGUAAGUAAUGUGCGAAACUUAAUAUGCUUUAACUUUUUUAUGAGUCGCAGUCGCAGCGUGUCGUUCAAGAGUGCGCUGUCUUCUUGGCUGGCAACAUUGGCUGUCAAUCAUCGUGACCAUUCUAUUUGGUAUUGCAAUAGCAAAAAUGUAAUUCUAUAAAAAACGUUUUCUAUUUUUUCUAUCUAUACAGGCUGUACAUUUUAUGAAUGAAUAUUUGCUCUCGCUCGUAUGCCAGCGACUCUUUUGACAGAGACUGUUUAGACGAUCCAUUUUUUUCUCGGAUGUAGGAUCUUGUGAGAGGAAUGAAAGCAAUUGAAAAACGACCUUGUGACUUAAUGAUUUUGUUUCAAAUAUGUAGCAAUUUCAUACAUUUUACAUAAAAUAAGUAUUGUUACCUGUCUAUAAAAAGUUAAAAAAAAAACUAUACAUAAUUACCUAUAUCAAAUAGUCGAAAUUAUUUAUUUUAAUUAUAUUUGAUAUAAAUACCUACCCUACUUCUUCUUUUCGAGUCAAAAUAGUAGAAUUAUAAUGAUCUUAUUCCCAAUACAAUGCAUAGGCUGGAUUUAUGCAUUGUUUAUUGUUAUAUACAGUUUGUAAAUAAUUGAUUUAGUUACCUAUUUAAUAACAAUAAUGCAAAGAUUUUUGUCAUGUCAUGCUUUCAUAUUUUUAUUGUAGCAUUGUAUGUGAAAGAACGAGUUUAAAAAAAAUGUUGUCAACAUUGUUGGAAUUACGUCUAAAUAAGUAUUUAAAUAAAAGUGAUAUUCUACA